AGACAAACGUAUUUUACAAAACGAGCGCCACCUCGUGCUUCGACUGUCCACAGUUCGCCAGCGCCAACGAAGUGACGUCACUUACAAGCAGUUCUCAACUAAUCCGAAAUGGCGACGGCAAUAUAUCUAGAACAUUAUCUUGACAGCAUUGAAAACCUUCCAUGCGAGCUGCAGAGAAACUUUACACUGAUGCGAGAUCUGGACAACAGGACUGAAGAAAAGAAGGUGGAGAUCGACAAGCUAGCCGAAGAGUACAUCGCCAAGGUGAAGAACCUAGCGUCUGAGCAGCGGGUGGAGCACCUGCAGAAGAUCCAGAGCGCCUACAGCAAGUGCAAAGAAUUCAGUGAUGACAAAGUGCAAUUGGCCAUGCAGACAUACGAAAUGGUGGACAAACACAUACGGCGUCUAGAUGCUGACCUGGCGCGCUUUGAAAACGAACUGAAGGAGAAACUGGAAGUCAGUGGAUAUGAAAGCUUAGACGGACGAGCAUUGAAAAAAGCAGAGUCCCGAGGCCCCCGUGAGAAGCGUGGCUCUAGGGGACGAGGAAGAAAAGGCUCAGAUGAGGAUUCUCCUAAAAAGAAAAAGAUGAAAAGCAGCCCAGACUUGAGCGAUGCCCUCCUGCCCAUGCAGCCAUCGGACGUGCUGGACAUGCCGGUGGACCCCAAUGAGCCCACCUACUGCUUGUGUCACCAGGUGUCGUACGGGGAGAUGAUUGGCUGCGACAAUCCCGACUGUCCCAUCGAGUGGUUUCACUUCGCCUGCGUCGACCUCGCCACAAAACCCAAAGGAAAAUGGUUUUGUCCACGAUGCACUCAAGACAAGAAGAAAAAAUGAGACGAAAUACGUAUAUUAUAUCGCGGUAGAGUGAUUAUGUACAGAAAUAUAUUUUAGCUCCUUUUCAUGCAAGCUUUCUUCAAAAGGCAGAUUGUUGAUUUUGAAGCGUCACUACUAAGGGUGUAACAGUACAGAAAAAAAUCUAAGUUAACAUUUUUAAGAAAAAUGGCAAUUUGUUAGUUUGCCAAUAAAUUCAUUAAAAAAAAAACAUAAUAAUGAAUCAAUAGUUUAAAAUCUAGCAUCGUAGGCAAGUGCAACAUAAUUUUCUCCUUACUCGGAAAAUGUCCAAUACUGUAGUGGUACUUUGUCUUUUUCUGAAAUGGCAGCAACAGUAGUUAGUAGUUAUUUGUGGAAAAGUGCAAAAUGGGCAGUUUACAUUUUCAGGAAAUUGCAACAUCAAUUGUUUUCGUGAAACCACCAAUUUUAUUAUUUUUAUUGGAAAAACCAUUUAAUUUUGUCUUCCUUUUAAGGAAGUACAACAACUGGUUUCUUUUUAGAAACAGCACAAUGCCAGUAUCUCCCUUUUUUGUUAGAAAAGGUCUAUAAAAGUAGUAUUUUUGCAAAAGUUUUUUCUUUUGGGAAAGUAAGUUCAGGACUUUGCUUUCUUUUUAGGCAAAUUUAACACCGUAUGUAAUUUUGGAAAAGUCCCCUAACGUCAUUUUUGUCAUCAUUUUGGGAAGCUCCAAAAUCAGUUAGUCUUUUUUGGAACGUGUAAGUUUGUUUAGGUUUUAGGAGUGCAACCUCUCAUUUUAGUCUUUUUAGGAAAACUAAUGUCAAGUUUGUCUUAUAGGGAAAAUCAAAAACCAAUCUUUUCUUUUUUUUUUUGAAUAUAUAUCUUGAGCAGUUUUUCUUUACAGGGGAGCGCAACCUCCGAAUUGUUUCUUUAUGGGAAAACACAACGUCACAAUUUUCGUCUUUUUGGGAAUGUCCAAAACCAACAGGUUUGUCUUCUUUAAGGAACAUGUAAAUUCAGCAGUUUUUCUUUUUAGACGAGUUCAACCUCAUAAUUUUACCUUCAAAGGACAACUGAACUUCACGUUCGUCAUCUUUUUUGAGAAUCUCCAAAAUUAUUUGUCUUUUUUUGUAAAGUGUCAGUUCUGCAGUUAAUUGUCAAUUUUUGUGAAAUUCCAAAAUUUUUUUUUUUUUUUUUUUGAGGGAAAGGGGACGGUGUCAUUUCAGCAGGUUGUGUCUAUUCUAAGAGAGUGCCCAUGCAAAGUUUUAUCUCUUUAGGAAAGUCUAACGUCACUGUCAUCUUUUCGAGAAAGUUCAAAAAAGAUUGUCUUCCUUUCAGGACAUGCAACAUAUCACUAAAUUGUCCCGCUUUUAGAAAAAAGCGCAGCAUUGUUAUUUUGUCCUAUAGUUUAGAAAAUAUAACAUCAGUAGUUUGGUUGAUGCAGUUAAAUCACCCCAUACUGAAUGUUUUUGUUGUUUUUUUUACAUAAACAUUCAUGUUCGGUUACACCCUUAAUAGCUUUACUUAUCCACAUUGAGUAGCUUUCAAAUUCAUUUGCAAUUUGUGCAGUUUUUUUUUUUUUUUUUUUUGUAACAUAAGUUGGCGUUUUCCCAGUUUUAGGGUAGUAUAAAGGCCACAGCAAAAGGCCCCAAUGCUUCACCACAAGUCUGAAGUUAAACUCAGGUUCUUGUGUCUUAAAAGCACUUGCGACAAAGCCCCAUUUUUUGCCAAGCUCUGUCUAAAAGGCCAACAUUGGUGAAUAUUCUAAUACAGCAAUUUUGCAGGAAAAGUUAUGUUAACGUUGCUUGUAACAUGCUUUAGACUACUUGAAAAUUAAGAGUUAUUUUUAUAAAAGCCUGCUGAGAAAUUAAGCUUAUUUCCUCACUGACAUUAGUGGCGGAGAACUGAAAAGAGUGUCUGAUAUUUUGUUUUAUCUACUACCUCCAGCACUGACGUUGAAACAAGAUCAGAUCAGCUCAAACCAAACAAAAACGUGACGUUGGUCGUCGUUACAUGAAUGAAAAUGUGACCUUGUUGAAUGUAUUUUGGUACUGGUGGUCAGUGAAUAUAAAAAGCACUUUUACGAUUGUUCCCCUUUUUUGAGGUUUGACGAAGAUUUCUAUUAAAUCUUAUAUCAAACCGGAAAUUGUAUGGAAAAAUACAUCCAUUAAUAGUUUUCUCAUUUUUUAAAGGGGGGGUUUCCCCACUAACAAUUGGUUUUAAGCUUCUAUCUUGAUUGACUGAACGUGAGUCAUGUAAGCCACAGAUAAAGCGCCAAAGGCAAUGUUUUUUGUAUUGUCAAUAUUUUGUAUAUCAAAUAAAGAUCCUCUAUUAUUCUGAA